AUGGUUAGGCUAUUGCUUGGAAGGGGGGCUUAUAUUCAUAGCGUCGAUGGUUCGGGCUAUACACUAGUGAUGUGGGCUGCCACAGCUGGACACGAGGGUGUGAUUAAGCUGUUACUGGACAAGGGCGUUAAUUUUAAUCGUGGAGAUGAUACUCAUCGCAUAUCACUAGCAUAUGCUGCCACCGAAGGUCAUGAGCGUGUGGUCAGACUGCUACUUCAACAGGGCGCUGAUCUAGAGUGCAAAGGCCAGACGGGUUGUACAUCACUGAUCUCGCCUGCUAUAGAGGGACAGGAUGACGACAGCAAUACAGCAUUGAUAUACGCUGCUAGCCAUGGGUGCGAGGAUGUGGUUAGGCUGCUGCUUGACAAUGGUGCCGAUAUUGAGUGCCAAGACGCGAAUCGCAUGACAGCAUACUUCUGGGUUCACGAGAAGAAAUAUCAUGAUGUGGCCCGCCUGCUGCUUCAGCAUGGCGCUAAGCAAGUGUAG